GCCGUCCGAGCUUUUUAUCGGUCAAUUCGCCCGCAACCCAUUCUGGCGUCACUCGGAGCAUUACCCAGCGGAAUCGGAGGCGGGGGCCUGCAGGGAAAAAAUCUGGAGGCCAGUGCAGGGAAUAAUGCUUCUGCUGCCACCAGUCCCGUAAUGGGAGGUGUCAGCCAUACAUCUGUUUCGGCUACUGGCGGACCCGAUGGCAUGGGGCCAGCCAGGAAGCGCAACGUCGCCAUGGCGGGGUUAGAUAGCUCUCCUGGUAGCGUGGAUGACGUGGAGGAUGCAGAGCUUCGUGAGGAGAAGAAAAGGCAGCCGGUAAAGCGUGCGUGCAACGAAUGUCGCCAACAGAAGUUGCGAUGCGAUGUCGUUCAAGACCCAUGGACGGACUGCUCACGAUGUCGUCGCCUAAGACUCGACUGCAAAAUCGAGUCCAACUUCAAGAGAGUCGGAAAGCGCAGUCGCAAUGCGGAGAUGGAAAGAGAGAUCAUUGAGUUGAGGAAGCAGAUAGCCAGCGUCCAGGCGAGUCCUGCCACGUCCAUUUCCCAACAGCAUCAGCAACCGCCGCCACCGUUGCAAUCUGCCCAACAUACUCCAAAGCAAGAACCCUCGAGUCAUGUUAGCCCCGCUGGUGUUUACCAUACGCCCUCUGUCAUGUCUUCCGAUCAGUACAUGGGUUCCCAUGAAGCAGUCGCAUCGCUUCUGGACCUACGUUCGGGCUUCGAUGGUUCCAAUUACAUGAGGAAUGGGAACCAUCAUUUUAAGCGGAUCGAAGAUGUUGUGGUUGUGCCCGAGAGGGUGACCGAGUUAUUCGAUCUGUUCUUUACGUUUUAUCACCCUUUUCUUCCAUUCCUUGAACGAGGACAGCCGCCUGACGAGUACUACAAUGCCUCGCCGUUGCUAUUCUGGACAAUCAUUAGUGUUGGCGCUCGGCGUUAUCAGACCGAUACGCACCUUUUGAACUCUCUCGCCGGUCCCGUUUCGCGACUGGUAUGGAGUACACUGGCGGACAUCCCGCAGAGCUACCAUGUUGUAAAAGCUCUCUGCCUGCUUUGCACUUGGCCGUUCCCAACGAGCAGUACCUCCACCGAUCCUACCUUCAUGCUCUGCGGAAUGAUGAUGCAGGUAGCCAUGCAGCUCGGUCUGCAUCGUCCGUCCUAUGCGCAGGAUUUCAGUAAAUUUCGGGUGGAACUCAUCGAAGAAGAGCUGAAGGAUAAAGUGAGGACUUGGGCUAUCUGUAAUAUCGUUGCGCAACGGGUCGCAACCGGCUAUGGGCAACCGCCGUCCACAUUGUAUGAUUGGACGUUGUCGAGCGAAUCGUCGGACCCAAACUUCAAGUUGCCUGAAGGAAUCCGCGCGCGACUUCAGAUCGAGAAGUUCUGUGACAAGGUCACUAGAGCACUCUAUACCAACCAGCGGGAUCCUGUCGGGCUUUGCAAUGGCCAGGAACGGUCCACAUUGAUCUCGUUUCUUUCCCGAGAUUUUGAAGAACUUGAGUCUCAGUUAAAGCCACAGAACGACUGCAUUACGGAUCUUUAUCUCCGCGCAUCCAACCUGCACCUACACUUGUCCGUCUUCUUCGACGAUACUACCGGGAAGGAUUAUCGUGAUCGCCUUCUCUCGUUAUAUGUUGCAACUCGAACAUUCCUAGAGGCUGCUAUGAACCUGGAAACGGAAGUUGGGCCUGCGCUGUCCUACACGCCAUAUUACAUUUAUCAGAUGAUGGUUGCAGCAGGCUGCACACUGUUGAAGCUCGGCACCAGCUUUUUCGCUGCUCAUAUCAACAUGGAAUACACCAAGAAUCUUUUCAACCGGACCAUUUGGGCUAUCCGAGGGAAUUCCGUGUCUAGCAACGACCUUCCCGAGCGGCUGGCCGAAGUUUUAGCCCAGAUGUGGCGCCUGGGAAGUGCGCCAACCCCCAAGCCGUCCACCGAAAGCUCCGAGAUGGAUGAUUCGUUGAUGUUGAAAGUUCGGUGCCGGAUGAGUAUGUCACUUCUUUUCGACUCGGUGUGGCGAUGGCGAGAAGACGCACGCACGAAAGGCCGAAACUUAGAAGCCUAUCUCAAAAACCCGACCAACCCGGAUUCUAACGCAGAAUCAUCUGCGUCGUCCUCCGUUGGAGCCGCCCACACCAACUCGACCCCUGGUGUAGCUGGUGGAGAUCCUAGUCUGGCGCCGGCUCCUGCUCCUUUGCUUGGGCAAGCCACCAUGGGGGUUCAAUCUGGAAGCAGCGUUGGCGGACUGCCCAGCGGGUUUAUGGAGCCCAACUACGAGGUUUUUGACCCAUUGAAUUGGCUGUUGGAUGGGCUGGUUGAUUUGCCAUACUCAUACUCUACCAUGUCCGGGAUGGAGGCUCAAGGUAUCGCAUAAUUUUCGCCCCAUCAUGUCUUGUUCUUUUUCUCUGCCGUGUUAUGACUACUGGCGUUAUUACGACUGGUUGACUACAUAGUAUUUGUGUGUAUUUGUAUAUAUAUCCCAAUUGCGGGCCACUUUAAGUUGGACGGGGAGCGAGGAGUCUGGUCGGACUGUUUCCAUAAUGCAUUUCUGUCGGAGACCGCUCAAAUCGGGACGACCUUCAGACGAUUACUUUUAACGAAGAAACGAUGAUUUGAUUGAGAUUGAAUUUGGAGAAGCAGUCACUAAGGGAGGCUUAGCCUCGGCACUAAUACUAGUGCUUAUUUACA